GUUGCGGCGCGCGCAUACCAGGUUCUUCUGUUCGUCGUGUACAUCAAAUAUGACCGAUUUUAAUUAUUUUCUAAUGAAAAACAUUUACUUGACAACAACAAACUAAUAAAGACAUAAACCUUACCAAUUAAACAAAGUUUUCAGUAACAUUAUUUAAGCUAAUUAAAUUCGUUCUUUCUAUCGAAAGUGGACAUAAUUUAUAUACAUAAUGUGGCAAUUCGAAGAUUCGGAAAUUUGUUCUAUUGGAAUGAUUCAUCCAUCUCACAGUCGGCAUUCAGGAUUGUCGAUAUUAUCCAGCGUCUCACAGUUUUCAGGAAUCUCAACGUUGUCGGGAUGUGCGUCUCCCGAUCACUUGGACCGGCUGCCCGAGCUACCAGCUGCAGAGGAGAAACGCCUGCGCCGCGCUGCUCAGGUGCUGCAGCAGAAACUGGUGCUACGACAGUGGCUGGCCACAAGAUCACUGCAGCAUGUGUAUAGCAAAUUACUCAGCCUGGAUGUAUCCUCCUUAGAGGACGUUUACUGGCUGGAAGAUUCAAUAGCGCGUCAUGUGAUUGAUUCGAAGGAUUUCAAUGCGUGGUCUCUUGCCCGCCAAAGCUUGCCCACGGGCAAGGAAGAGCUGCUGUCGUUGAAGAACGAGCUAUGGAACACCGUGGUUAAGAGCAGCAAGCAUCAGGACGCUUGGACAUGGGGUGGUAUGUUGAUAGUAUCAGUGUCGGUCUGUGGUCUGGUGACCCUGGCUGCCAUGACGCAGCCUUCGCUGGCCCCCGAAGCCAAGCACUCUUUGCUGCAGUAUGUCACUGGAAAAUAUCUCCACCCGCCCAGUUGUAAGGUGGAGUGGGGCUGGGAGGAACCUCAUCCAGUUGGCGACACAAUGUGCUUCACGGUCCACUGCUACCAAAGAAAUGGACAUCCCUAUCCGAUUUGCGAUACUGAUGACCUCACUGUACACAUCUCUCAUGGGACUAGGAAGAUAACAGCAGUAAUGGAGUUAGGUUCCGGUCAACCGUCGCUUGCGCACACCGCUCGCGUCAAAUUCACAGUACGAACGGCUGGAGUCUAUGUUAUAGCUGUUAUGAUAGGUGGUGCGGUAGCAGCAUGCGGUCCCUUUCGCAAGUGGUUCAUAGCCGGGGGCGUGGCAGCACGUCGCUCCAGAGUAGGGCGUGACCCGGCCGCACUCGUUUGCGCUGCUGGACGUCCACGGGCCUUACACGUACAUCCAAGGGACCAUUAUGACAACAUUGCGACUAUUGCCACUGAUGAUGCUAAGAGCUUUUCAAUAGAAAUAUCUCCGAUUGGUGGUGAGGUGGACAAGUCCCUAUCGUCAGCUGCCCAAUUCGAAUAUGACAGUGUGAAUCAGCGUGUGAGCGUGUCUUUAUGUUUUCCUGAGGCGGGAGUGUUCAAAGCUGCUAUUUCUUAUGAUGGGGUGUUAUUGCAUAAUGGACAGUUUGACUGUAUCGUUUUGACGCCAAGCGAUGCAGCCACAGUACAACGCGCGCUGUCAUCAAAGCGAGCUACAGUUUCGUACGAGGCUCGCUUAUUAUCCCCUGGCAAGCAACGCCGGGUGCUUUGCUGUUUAAGCCCUAAGCAAUUGAUCAUAAAGGACUACAUACUUAAGAUUAUCCCUAAGAGAAUCACAUCUUUUAGGGUCUGCCCUUCCACUAAGCUAAUAGUGCGUCCCCGAGAAGAGCAUCCAUGUCCAGGGGGUGAACUGGUUCUGGAAGACGGAGUCCAACCUCCGCUUAGGCUGCAUUGUGCUGCAAGAGAUCUUCUUGCUGCUACCUUUACGCGCCUUUUGCUUGCUAACUGUGGCGGAGAGGAUACAUUUAAGAACAAACAAGAGUUCUUCUACAGCGAAAUGCGUACAGCGCAUGCACGUCACCCGCAUGAUAAGAUCUCGUUGCGCGUGCGCAGGGACGACUUAGUGCGUUCCAGUCUUAAGGCCACCAAGCAUUUUACACUUGCCGACUGGUGCAAGAAUUUCGACGUCGCUUUUCAUGGCGAACAGGGCGUGGACUGGGGUGGUGUUCGCAGGGAAUGGUUUUCACUACUGUGUGGUCAGUUGUUCGACGCAAGAUUCGGUCUUUUCGUCUCUUACAGUGAAUCAGCGACUGGUCUUGUACACCCGAAUCCGGAUAGACCACCACACCUCAAGCUAAAACACUUUGAGCUGGCGGGCAAAGUAGUCGGCAAGUGUUUGUACGAAAGUGCCCUGGGAGGUUCUUACCGACAACUUGUGCGCGCGCGCCUGGCUCGAUCUUUUCUUGCGCAUAUUAUUGGCCUAAGGGUUCACUACAAGUACUUCGAGCAAGAUGACCCGGAACUCUAUCUUUCAAAAAUAAAAUACAUUCUGGAUGCGGAUUUGGACGCAGCGGACUCGUCGCCGGAAAUAUAUUUCUCGGACGACGUGUACGACUCUAGCGGACGAUUGCUUGAGACAAAAGAACUUGUGCCUAAUGGAGCUUCUAUACGCGUGACAAAUAGCACAAAAAUGGCGUAUUUGGAUGCGCUGGCGCAGUGGCGCCUUGCAGGCCGAUGGCGGGCAGAGAGCGACGCCUUUCUACGCGGGCUCACUUUACUCGUACCGGAUAAUCUGCUCGCAAUAUUCGACGAAAAUGAGUUGGAGUUAUUAAUGUGUGGCACUGGCGAAGUGGAUGUGAGCGAUUGGCGGGCAUAUGCCCUGGUCUCGGGAUCGGGUCGCGAGUGGGAACGGCGUUUGAACUGGCUCUGGGCUGCUCUCAGCAACUUCACCAAUGAAGAGAGAGCUAGGCUGCUCCAAUUCACCACUGGAUGCUCCCAGCUCCCGCCUAAUGGAUUUCAGGACCUAAACCCGCGGUUUCAAAUAACCGCAGCGCCUACAUUCGGUGCCUUACCCACAGCACAUACAUGUUUCAACCAGCUCUGCUUACCGGAUUAUGACUCUUACGAACAAAUGGUCCACGCACUAUUAUGGGCUAUCAAUGAAGGAGGAGAGGGAUUCGGUAUGAUAUAAUGCGAUGCGGUUUAACCGCUGUGUUCCCGAUAAAUUGACAUCAGUCGAGAUAUUAAAUAAAUAGUAUUUGAGUAAUAAUCGAUAUUGCAUAUAAAAAUGGCAGUAUUUAUGUUUAUAGUGUAGUGUGUUUGAACGGUUUAGCAAGAAAUUUAACUCACAGUAGAAAGAGACAGCUAUAUCAUCUUUCAUUACGAUAGACAGAGAUGCGUUAUAAUCAAUGUUCAAAAUGCACACUAAAUAUCUAGUCUUAAAUCAAAUAUUUAUUUUUUAGUUAUCUAGGGAAUUAAAUAGCAAUAAUAUUUCCUUAUAUAUUUUAAUAUUUAUAAGGAAAAUUGUUUCAAACGGUUCUUGGGUUCUACGAUGAUUUUUUUGACCAGCUGAUUUUAUUAUAUUUUAUUAACCGUUAAAAAUCUCAGACCGAUAACACUUAGCGCAAAAAUUUAGUUUCGAACACAAAAAAAGUGUGAUUAGGGUUUUGCUGUCGACUUUUGCAUAAUAAUGCGCUGCAGAAACGUAUAUUGUAGAUACACGCCGAUAAAAAACAUUGCAUUAAAAAAAAAAAUUUGAACACGAAUUAAAUACAUCGACAUAACUCGACUUAUGUGUUCAACAGUCGUAAUCAAGAUCUCUCGUCGAGUUAACUUGCGUUCACAACAGCUAGAAGAUUUACUUUAUUUAUCUACAGUACUAGAGUAAACCAAAGAAUUAAUGCAAUCCAUGAUAUUAUUUUAAUAUUGUUCCUAUUUUAUUUUUUUGAGGCUAUUUCUCUAUUUUACUAAUAAAACUGUAUUGCACAAAUAUCAUUUAUUUUUUAUAUUAUAAAUAAAUUUUAUUAUUUCGCUAACAUUAUUUGUUAUCUAGUCAUAUAUGUGAUGCGGAAAAGUCUAUCCGCAUAGGCAUAGGUAUAUUUUUCUUGAACAUUUUGGAAUGCGUGUGUAUACGUUCAGGCCAACGCAACGCGCUCGUGAAAUAGGGUGCAUAAGUAUUCCACUAACCAAUUUCUAUUUAAUUAUUGUGAUAAUGAAAUAGAAGAAUUCGUCAAACAUUCGUAAGAAAUUUCAUUUGUGUGUGUGAUCACAAACAGGCGAAAUUGAAUACUACCAACAUCCCCUUGUAUGCCCUUCAUAAACUAAUUAAUACUUGUAAAUUUUGUUAAUUGUUUAGUAAUUAUUAAAAACCUUAUAUUUUAAUUACGUUCUUUGAAUGUAUAUUUUUAAGGAAUUAUUAUGGAAUUGUGGACGUAAUAGGACUAAUAUAUAUCAACUAAAAGCCUGCAUGUAACUACGGCCUAAUUGAGUGAAAAUUAUCUAUGUAAGCGAUAGGGAAAAACCAUCAAAAUAUGGCUUAUGCUGCCAGUUUUAAAAAUAUAAUAAUUAUGAAACGUAUACGUAAUAAGACAUAUAUCAAAUACUCAAAUAUACAUCGAAUAAAUAAUCGCAAGUUUGAAAGCGUAAUUAAACAUGGAUUUUGAAUAUGUGAAAGUGAAUUCUGGGGUCACAUUCUUUGUACUCAAUAUGAAAUAUCAAUUUUAAAAUAGUAUAUGAAAAUCUCAGUGUACAUGUAUUUAUUAGAAAUAAUAUAUGCCUAAAGUGAAAACCCCAUAUGUAAUAAACUUUGUAUAUAAAUCACUUUUGUUAGAUACGCUAAAUCUAUUAUUUUAUUUACGAAAAUCAGGCAUUUUAAAGGAACGUGGUCGGUCGGUACCCGGUCUACCGGGUUUUCUCUUGCCACUAGGUUGUAAGUUCAGUUCACCUUGGGGUUCUGUUGUCCGCCAUUCGGUGCACAUGUUUCAGAUACUUGACCCUGUUGCACUUGAAUGACGAUGAAUAUAUAAAUAAGACAAUGUUGGCGUCAUCAAGGAUGUUAAAAAUUUCUUCAUUGUAGCGAAUACGUCAAACAAAAUCUUCGCAAACAGGGCCAAAGGUUCCUCGAAGAAACUUCCGCUCGAAAAUAAGGAGAGCAAGCUUGUCUUUCUUGCUAGGGUAUCAGUGUUUAAAACCAUAAGUGAGCACUGGCCGCAGCAGAAUUACUAUAUUAAUUUCGGAAUAUUCGGUACUAAAAAUAUUUAUUUUUAAUAACCAUUUUUAUCUUCCAAAUUUCACCCUAUUUAUAGUAUGAGCGCUGUAGCAUGGUGCGGGUGACAGUUCAUAAUUUUGAUUUUAUUUGUUGACUAGAUCAUUCUGGCUGGGUUAAAUUUAAGUUCACUACAGUUACUGAUGAUUUAAUAUAUUAUACGAAUGUGGUACAGCUGAAAUACUAAGUAAUAUUUUGUAAAUUGCGGCAACUUUCAAGAUUGAAACGAAAAAGUAAGCAACUGUCACCCGAACCAUGCAACAGCGCACAUUCUAUAGUCAAUGUAUGAAUUCUGGUAGAUGACGCGUAAAGUCAAAAGUGAUUUAUGUACAAAGAGAAUAAAUGUAAUUUCUAAUGUUUGGGGAAAGACCUUCUAGUAUAGAUAUUCUGCAAUACAUAGGUUGUGUUUAUUGUUUUGUGAUUUAAUAUUAAUUUGGUGGUCUAAUAAUUAAUAUGGUUUUGUUUAUGGAGCCCGCUAAUAGAUAAUAGACAGGAGACGCCACUUUUGUGGCUUUAUAGUUGUAUGGUUCUAUAAUCUAUAGUAAAGAGGCUUAUUUCAUAAUUUAAGCUAUAACCAAUAAUAUACAUAUUAAUAUUGUAAGCGAUUUCGUCUAACCCUUGGUUUAUAGCAAGAUUCCGAAGAUGAUUGAUGAGUCAUUGUUCGUACUCAGACCUUGAAUCCUAUCCGUAAAGAUAUAGUUCUGACACAGAUCUUGGCAAGAAUUUGCGUCUCCAACUUGCCAAUUAACCAGAACUAGAGUUACCUUAAGAAUUACUUGUUCAUGAAUCUCUGAUAACUAAAUGUGAUCUUAUUUUAUACGUAGUUUUAGAGUGUUGAUAGUUAAAUCUACCUUCGUUGUGUCACCUAGGGUUGUUGUAGAAUCUAGUCAUUUCACUGUAAAUUCAGAAUGGCUUAGUUGGUAAAACCCAUUGCAUAUAUAGGAUCAAAUCCAAGCGGCACCUACUUGCUUUCAAAACAAUAUUAUCAAAUCCUGUGUGCUCCACUGCAGGGUUACAUAGAAACACGGCCUUAUAAAACGUGGACUAAACACAUUUUUUGCCAUUAUUACAUUAUUAAUGCAAACAAAUGGUAACCAUGGUAAUAUACUUUAAUCCACGUUUUAUAAUAGAGCUGUUUAUGUACUAAAUUAAGAACUUAAACAAGCUACUUACUAAAUCUGUACUAGUAAACAAAAGACGUUUGAAACAGUAGAUUUUAAACAACUAAAUUGAUACAAAUUACAUGAAGACGUCAAAAUAUAUUGUGUAGAUUUUUUAAGAUUUCCGAAUGUGUGCAAUAUACAAAAUACAGAAACUGUUUCCUAAACAUUCCCAAUGUUGUAGUAGUCUUAGAAAUGUAAGACUGAAUAAAUAAUUUAUUGAACAAA